UCCUUCUUGGAGAUGUCACAGGCCCAGAGCUUGAGAACACAGCCACUCUUUCACAUGUCCUCCUCUGCAUAACCCUGGUGCCGCCCAGCACAAGAGCAGUGUCGCCUGAACACCACACUGGAAUGGCUGCUCCUCCCCGGUUAUCAGUCCUCCGCUGGAUCCUCCUCCUCACCAUUUCAGCUGACAGGUGCUCUGUGUUGUCGUUUCACGUGACGGAGGGCAGCACAGUGAUUUUGUCAUGUCAUUACUCAGUGAAGCACCAUGGCCUCAGCCACGUCUGCUGGGGACGGGAUUGUGGAACGUUCUGGUGCAACGACAUCAUCGUACAAACAGAUGAGUAUGGCGUUAUCUCCAAAGUCUCCGACAGGUACAGGCUCAUUGGAGACGUUCUGUCAGGACAAAUGGACCUUGGGAUCCAAAGAAUACAGAAGGCGGACAGUGGGCCGUACUGCUGUAGAGUAGACAUAGAAGGAUUUUUCAAUGAUAAGAAGGUGUCCUACACAUUGAGAGUCAUGAAAGCCCCAACGACUGUGCCUCCAACAACCACAACCCAGAUUACUACAGAACCACAGGACACGCAGACAGUGUCAUCGCAGCCAGAUCAGUCCAGAGGAGCAGAUUCAUCAUUCUCUGACAUUUCCUGGCAGAAUGUCACACAUGUGCAUUCUGGGGCUAUGAUGGAAGAGCCGAUCUCUAGGAUCACACUACAGAUAAACAUCCCGGUGCUGUCUCUGUCUCUCAGUCUGCUACUGCUCCUCUUGGGCGCACUGGCCCUUUUGACCAUCAAACGUGGCCUUUAUGGGAAGGCGUUUGACAGUGGGUGUUUCUCAAAGGAGCCCCGACACAUUAUUUAUGAAAUACGCACAAGAAGACCAGUGGAGGAGAACAUCUACACCCUGGAAUAGGAAACAAAAACCACUUGAUUCUCGUUGUUACUCAUAUACAGACAUUCACACAUCCUGCAAGUCUUUAAUAUCAUUCAGUUUUCUAUUUGAGAAAGGGAUAGUUCACUCAAAAAUGGGUAGAGCUGGUGAUAUUCUAAAAAAAAAAAAAAAAAAAAAAAAAAAAGUGUAUUUUGUAAGAUAAUGACAAACUUUUCUUUUUUUGUGACCUAUCCCUUUAAGUAAAAAAAGAAUUAUAGAAAUGUAUAUGCCUACACAUCUUUUUCUUGUUCCUUACAUAUAACAUUUCAUUAAAAAAAAAUCUUUACUAUUGAA